UUGAAAGCGGCUCCCCGCACUCGGACAGACUCGGUGCGGCGAGAACUAUGACAGGAGAUAAGUUUACAGGCUGAUGUCGGCCGGGUGGCAGUCGCUGUCAUAACGUCGGAUACGUUCCACGAACCUUUGGCGAUAUAUAAUUCGAGGGACGGGUCGCGUCAGAGGAGGAAUAACCGCCGGACACGUAACGCCCAAGGUGAUACAGCAGCGGCGGCGGCAGCGGCAGGAACGCGGCGAGCGAGCGAGGGCUUCGGCGGCGGUGCCGCUGCUGGCGAAACAUGAACAAAAACCACCGAGUGCCGAGCAGCCGAUCCCUCAGCGCCGUGGAGGUGAAGAGCAAGUUUGGUGCAGAGUUUCGUCGGUUCUCGCUGGAUCGGUCGAAGCCGGGCCGCUUUGAUGAGUUUUAUGGCCUCCUGCAGCAUGUACAUCGUAUCCCCAACGUGGAGAUGCUGGUGUGCUAUGCUGAUGUGCACGGUGACCUGCUGCCCAUCAACAAUGAUGACAACUACCACAAGGCCAUCUCCACUGCCAGCCCUCUACUCAGGCUGUUCCUGCAGAGGAAAGAGGAAGCUGAUUACACAACGUUUGGAACAGACUCACUCACCAGGAAGAAAAACACGGUGCUUUCUGCAGUACUUCUUCGGCCCGACACAAACAGGAAAAAACCUCCAGUGAUCAUCAGCCUUCCUAAAGACUUCCGGCCCGUCUCCUCCAUCAUCGAUGUGGACAUCCUCCCUGAGACGCACCGACGUGUCCGCCUGUACAAGCAUGGUCAGGAAAAACCGCUGGGCUUCUAUAUCCGCGAUGGCUCCAGCGUACGUGUCACUCCACAGGGGCUGGAGAAGGUCCCUGGGAUCUUCAUCUCUCGCAUGGUGCCUGGGGGGCUGGCAGAGAGCACGGGCCUGCUGGCGGUCAACGACGAGGUGCUGGAGGUAAACGGUAUAGAGGUGGCUGGAAAGUCCCUGGAUCAAGUGACGGACAUGAUGAUCGCCAACAGCCACAACCUCAUCAUCACCGUCAAACCCGCCAACCAGCGGAACAACGUGGUCCGCAGCAGAGGCGGCGCGGCGUCUGGCAGCUCAGGACGCUCGUCGGACAGCGGGGCCAGCUACUACGGCUACACGUCGCACAGCGCCUCUGGUGCCGCGGCCCCCGUGCCAUCGCACAUCAUCCAGAACUUCCCUGCUGGCGAUCUGGAGAGCGACGAGGACGACGAGGACCUGGUGAUCGAGGCGGGGGGCGAGGCCGAGCCCAUCAGGCGGGCCCCCUCCAACUACAGCAUGCCGUCGGUGCCUCUCUACCAGCCGCACCUCGACCUCCGGACCACCUCCACCCUCUCCGUCAACGCCAACGGCACGCUGCCGGCCAGCGGCAGCAGUGGGUCGCUCAACAACGCCCUCGCCGCUUCGACUACUCCGUCGCCGGACAGAGCAAUGCAGAGACGGAACCUGGAGGAGGAUGGUACUGUGAUAACUCUGUAGGCCAGACGUUAACACACUGGAAGGAAGAGCGCAACAAACACUUUGACACACUUGAGGAAUUGAUGGACCAGCAAAUCAUACACAGUAACAUUCUUUUCUAUCAAACGGUGACUGAACCUAAGAAGCACAAUAUGUGUAAUUAUUGAAUCUCAUCAUGACACUGAUUUUGAAUAGUUCUAAUGUCAAGCAGAGUACCACGUCCUAUCCUUUGCUCCUCUACAUGCCAGCAUGUGUGCCAUAGUGCUGAUACCCUACUCAAGGCGUGAUUAGCUGACCCAAACUCUACACUAAACUAGUAAAAGCACUUAUUUUUACCCUAUAAAUAUUACCUUGAGUCACAGCGUCCACUGAUCAGAUUUCCCCUCUUCGCCUGUUUCUCAUUACUAAUCGUGUGAACGUUUCUGUUCCACGCCUCCUACUGAACUACCGAGGCAGGAGUUCAGCUCAAGCAUUUGAUGACAAUCUGUGGUCAGGUUUUGCCUUGUUACUCUGGACCCCGCCACCUCUGCGUCACAGUACGACCACCUUCCUUCCCCUGGGUGACCACAGCAUGUGACUGAUUGCGGUACUUUUCGCACAUACAGUACCACAAUACCAGAGCAAGUGCUGGGAUCUGCAAUAACAUGGUGGUUUUCCAAGUAGAAACCACCUAAAAAAACAAGUCUGGGCUAUUGUAUUGGCUCAGAUGCUCUUAACCACUGUUUAUAGCUGUGUUUUCUCUUAGCCUGCUGUGUCAAUGAGUGGCAAUGAUGAUUUUAACUCAUUUUUGGGAGCAACUUGUUUUUUGAAAAUCUUUUUAUUUCCACCCGGCCUGUGUUUUAUAUCAUUUGCAGAUUUUGUUUCUGUUUAUACAGUGUCCAUCUCAUAAGUGACUGCAUGACCAUUUAUUCCUCUGACCAACUGGAAUUUCUGAACCGCACCAGAAAAUAGCUUCUGUCUGGGAGUGGUACGUCUUCUCCAUCACUUUCCCUCAUAUUGCACUUCCUUGCUUUCAACGAUGAGCGCUGCUUUCCCUGCUACAUUUGUACAAGUGGACAAAAAAAACUCUGAAUGUGAACAGUUUAUUAUUUUUUUGUUUGACAUCUGAUCUCAGUGCUGUACAGUACAUUCAUUUGUUUUCUGGCUGGUGCCCUGAGUUCACUCGGACGCGUGUUAGAUCCUCGUGUAUGAAAAGUGUUCUCUACAUCUGUUGUUUCUCUAUAAUUAAUCACACUACAAUUAACAGAGCACUACGAAACUCAAACUGUAUUCAGAAACUAAAUAUUGAACUGGACUGUUGUACUGAGAGAUGAAAUGACUGACGCAAACAGUAAAUAACUUGGACUGAGUCACACCGAAACAGCCCCACAUGCAGGUGCAAACUGAUUCACUUGGUGUGUUUGAUAAAGGUGCGGUGGGUAUGUAUCGUAUGUCUGGGCUCUGAUGUAUUUGAUAUUUUCAUUGGAGCUGUGAAAAGGUUUUGCUCUCAGCAGAAACAUGACUGAUGUAUUUGUUUAGCAUAAACUCUUCAGAAGUUGUUUUUUUUUCUACUCAAACUGCAGGAAUUAUGUUUUUUAAAAACUUUAACUUCAUUUGAAGAUUCUGAUUGGACUUUUUUUACUGAAAAAAAAGAAAUUGCUCAGUUUCUUUUUUUUUUCUUUUUUUUUUUGGUUGAUGACUGGAGCUGAUGGUUUCUAACAUCCAAUAGAGACAUUAAAACCACCAAUAUAUUGCUUUGUCUUACUGUGACAUAUCUGAAUCAACCAGUAACAUGGUUUAAACAGCUUUUUUAAAGUAAAAAAAAUCCAUUACAUGUUUAUUGUUACAAUUACUAUGAAAAUAAUGAUCACAGCCUAUAAACAAUUCAUAUAGAGAGAUUCUAGCUUGGGUUUACUUCCUGUAGAUCCAUAAUUCUAAUUGCCCUCUGAAGUGAGAGCAGGUGGUCUAUUAUUUAUUGAUUCCCAGCUAUUGCUCUCCUGAUAAAAGUGAUGACAUUGCCUUUUAAUAUGGAUUUUUUUUGUUGCUCACUAACGUGUUAUUGAAGCACACAAAAUCACUGUGUUGUUCAUUGCUUUGGUCUGAGCCCAUGUGCACUUGGAUUAAGAUGCAGCAACUAUUGUAACUAUUGUUGUCCGAUCAGACAGAAUAUGAAUAUGUUUAACUGGGAGCCAACACACAGGUUAUGUAUGCGCAUCCACUGAUGUAUUGUCUUUUUGACCAUCCUUUCAAUGUGUGACGGUGAUGAUGGGACUCGGUUAUAUUUUCCUCCCAACAUUAAACAUGGUGAUGAAUGAUACUCUGAAUGACAUGCCUUUUUAAAAUCAAUGUUAAUUUAUUUUCUUUUUUAUUUUGUCUAACUUUACCACUGGACACUGGGAUUGUACCACAGCACCAUUUUUUUAUUUAUUCUCUAAUCAAAUGUCAGCAUAUUUUCUGUCUUUGUACACAUGACUUUAUUUUUAUAACCAAUAGGCUUUAGUUUUUUCAUGAUUGCUGUUUUGGUCAUAGAUUUCAUUGUACAGUAGAUGUUUAUUUCUCACUAGGAGUGGUUUUUACUGUUAGAAAUCAUUGCAAGAUCUGUCACUAUGGUUAUUUUUCCAUACUGUGAAUUAUUAUAUUAUUACUUUGAAGGAGAGAAACAUUUGUAUUAGUUCAACCUCAAACCAGGCUUCUUUACUUUGAGUCCAGCUUUUUUUUAUUUGCAAGUAAUGGACCAUUAAUUUUUUUUUUUUUUUUGCUUGCCAGAUAAAUUCUAUGCUAUAGAUUUGUAAUGAAGAUUGUCAGUAUUUUCAUAUUAGUGCUAUGUACGAUGCACAUUUUUAUCACAUUUUAUUGAUGUUUUAAGAUUCAUCUGAAGGUAAAUAAAUAGAUGGAUGACUGUAUUGCUGAUUGGAGGAGUUGGGUUAAAAUAAACUAUGUAGCAGUCUA